AUGGACAAGAUCACUCUUUAUUAUUUCACUGUUGGCGAUAGCCUUACACGUGCUCGUGGAGAGAAUGUCAAGCUCUUACUUGAAGAUGCUGGAUUAGAGCACGACUAUAUUCGUGUCAAGCAUGAAGAAUGGCCCGCAUUAAAGCAAAAGCUUCAAGCCAAAGGUAUCCAUUCUGCUACCCUCCCCUUCAUCGAAACCAAUGGCCAAACGUUCGUCAAGGCACCUGCCAUCAUGCGCUACAUUUCUACAAAGCUGGGUGGCAAGUAUCAUGGCUCUACUCCUGAGGAAAACCAAAUUUUAGACGUUGUUGCUGAACUCAAUGAUGUGUGGUUUGAACACUUGAAAAACUCUUUCUUUGGAUCUGAUGAAAUGAAGGCUAAAUAUGCCAACGAGACCCUUCCUGCACAAAUCAGCUUGUUUGAAAAGUAUUAUUCUGAUCGUGAGGGUCCUUAUCUCUUGGGUGAAAAGCUUACCUUUGCUGAUAUCUUGAUCUACCACAUGAUUGAUGAUGGUGGUGCUCGCAGCAAGUUGGAGGGCGCUGCACCUAACCUUCUCAAGUUUGUCGAGGCCUUUGAAGAGCGUCCCAACCUUAAAAAGUACUUUGCUACUCUUAAAUAA